GCAGGGCGACAUUUGCUGCGCUGGCGAUGAUGGUGACGGCGGCGGCGGCGGAGUCGUCGUCAAGCCAAACAGCGGCGGCAGUGAGGCAACAACUGGCGAGGCAGCCAGUCAUCGGCUGGCGACAAGGAAGAGGCCAGACCCCGAACCGCACUGGGACCUAAGCAGUGACAAAACGAUAAGCUUCAAGUUCGUUGUUGGAUCCAUUAAUAUGCAAAUCAUUUAAUUACUCAGAAAGGGAGAGGAAGAGACUGAAGCAGGAAAUGCGUCCCAUUUGGGAGUCGGCCAGCAGGCCGCUGUUUGUGCGCUCCGUGUGGCAGGAGGCGAUAGGCAGGCGGCACUUCAUCCUCGACUACGAGCCGCGCCAGAGGCAGCGUUGGAAGCGCCAGAAGACGCUUCGACCGAAAGGGAACUAUCAGCAGAGCCCAUCCUGCGAGGAGUACGAUCAGUCGGCGGAGGAAAGUAUCGAUCUGCUGGACGAGUAUCUGCUGCUGGAUGCCACCAAGCUGACCCUGCAGCAGCAACAAUCCUUCCCCUCUUUGGGCGGCAGAAUGAAUGGCAACUCUGGCUCGGCCCUGGGCAGCAGAGAGCAAAGGCAGAACAGUCGUCAGGCCAAGAGGCGCGCCUGGCUGCUGAGCAGAGGCAAGACCUACCACCUGGACCACCACCUGCCGGAGCAUCAGUCGCGACGCAGCUCACUGCAGGAUCCCAGCGCAACCACCGUGACGGCGAACAAUCCCGAGGAGCGGCUGGCCGAGCGAGUGCUCCACUGGCUGGACCUGGCUGGGAGGACGGACAUCGUGAAAGAGGUGGUUCCCAGCCAGCCAGUGUCCAGCAGUGCCCAGGUGGCCAGGGCCAACCAGAGGAGCCAGCGCAUCCACCACCGUGCCGUGAGCCUCAAGCGAAUGGCGACGGCGGCAGGGAGCGGCAGCCACCAGCGCUCGAUGGCAAGAAAACCCAUCCCAAAACCGCAGCAGACCAGCCAGUCCACCCACACAGUGGUGUCGUGCUCCUCGGCUUCCGCCAAUGCCAAUGCCAAUGCCAAUGCCAAGCCCAUCACCAUCAUCUUCAACAAGGAGGGCAUCCCAGUGCGCCUCAAUCGACCGGCCCGGAACAUUGAUCUCUGUGCAUUGAGCAGCAGUGCCAGUGCCACGAGACGCUUGGCCGGACAGUUGGCAUCCGCCCGGUUGUACAGUGGAGCUGCCGCUUCUCCCCCGCACUCCGAUGAGACGCGCACCCCGCCGCACAGCAGUCGCGGGGCACUGGCCAACGGCUUGGGCUCCUCCGUCAGCCUGGACAGCCGCAAGCAGCUGCACAUCUUCAUGCCCAGCCUGCCCAAGAAGGGGCUACUGGCACCGCCUGCUGGAGGCGCAGGUGCUGGCUCUGGCGAGGAUGCACUGAGCGUCAGUUUCAGUGAAUUGUGCCAGCUGUAGCUGGCAAAUGGUAACACAUUCAAUCAGUGCUGCGUUGUAAUU